AUGAAAGCUCCGAUGACGUUUAUUUUGAUCUCGUCAAUAAUUGUUCUGAUAUUGUACGUGGAGAUUGCUCGUUGUUGCAGUGGUUACGAGUUAGUAAUCGAUUAUAUCAGAAACUGCGACUCAAACAACAUUAUCGAAUUGUCCGAUAAAUUUAGCGUCGUCUUGAAACCCAAUUGCGAAGUACAUUUCAACGGAUGCAUUACCUCACAUGCUAACAUCACCAGUACAAUAAUCGACUACACUGUCCAAAAGGACUUAACAAAGAUGUCGGGCAAGAAGGACGGUUGCAAACAGCUAGACAAUAUUAUCAAGUCGUCGAGUUUUAUUGAAACGAGUUUGAAUACACUAGGAUUGCCGAAGGGCUGUCCCAUUAAUAAGGGAACGGUGUGCUUGGGAAUUAAAUCGAUUAACGUGAGUAAGUAUAAAUUUCUAAUGAACGUAUUAGCCGGCCAUCUCAAGGGAAAAUCGCUAAUGACCACUAACGCGGGCAAGUCUUGUAUGGAGUUCUCGGCAAAAUUGGUUAACUCUCUCGUAAAGGCUAUCAGUGGUUAGACAGUAUGAUUGGUUGAAAUCUAUAAGCUUUAUUAUUUUACUAUUUAUUUUUUUAAUAGAACAUAUUGACAU